AGAAGGAGUGCUUGGAGCAACUUCCCACCGUGGAAAUGGCGCUUUGCGUUGUGGAAGCUUAAAGUCAGCGGCAUCUGUCGUGUUUGUUACCAUUGAAGCUCCUUCAAAGCUCUUCGUAUGAGGUGUAUUUCUAAAAGGCUCGGAGUAUGACAGAGGGAGGAAAGAAUCGGGAGAUUCUUCAGGAAAAACAAAGUCGUGGCUGUGAAGCCCUCAACAUCCUUGUACAGUGAACAAUGCAUGACCUAACUGCCCAAGUCACCAGCAGCUUGCUGCCCUUCUCAGGAGCAACUGUUGAUGCCCUGGGAGAGGAUGAGAUCACCCUGGACUCUGUUCUUCAGGGCAAGUUCAGUGUUGGUCGCAGUGGGUUGGCCUGGCUGGCCUGUGGGCCCCAUCUGGAGGUUGUCCAUGCAGUGACAGGAGAGCGGCUGUCUGCAUACCGCUUUAGUGGUGGAGGAGAGCACCCUCCAAGGGUUCUUGCUGCCAGGGACUUCAGUUGGCUCAAACGGUCUGGAUUGUUAGUUGGCUUGGAAGAAGCAGAAGGCAGUGUUCUAUGUCUUUAUGACUUGGGGCUGUCAAGGGUGGUUAAAGCUGUGGUUAUACCUGGGAGGAUUACAGCUAUUGAGCCUAUAGUAAGUUAUGGCGGCGCAAGCACCUCUACGCAGCACCUUCACCAGAGUUUGCGCUGGUUCUUUGGUAUCGCUGCUGUAGUAACAGAUCUCGGCCAUGUCCUGCUUGUGGACCUGUGUCUCGAUGAUCUCUCCUGCAGCCAAAGUGAACAGGAGGCGUCAGAUCUCCAGGUAGUGACGAAAUCCCCUGCAGAGAUCCCCAGGCUCAGAGAGGUUAGCACCAGACAGGGCCGACAUCUUUGUCUCCAGCUGAACGGGCCGGCUGGAGUUGGUGUCACAGCUCUGCAGUACAUCCCCAGAACCAAUCAGCUGGCUGUAGGCUUUUCUGAUGGAUACUUACAGCUGUGGAACAUGAAGGUUCUAAAGAAGGAAUACCACUCACAGCUGGAAGGUGGUCAGGUGCCUGUACAUGCCUUCACCUUCCAGGAGCCAGAAAAUGACCCCAGAAACUGCUGCUACCUCUGGGCUGUCCAGUCAUCUCAGGACCUUGAGGGAGAUACGGUCAGUCUUCACUUGCUUCAGUUGGCCUUCAGUGAUAGAAAGUGUUUGGCUUCUGGGAAGAUCCUCUAUGAGGGUCUCGAGUACUGUGAGGAACGUUACAGCCAGGAAAUAAGUGGCACAACUUUCCCUCUCAGGGCCCAGACCACAAACACACGCCUGCUAAGCUGCCAGACCAUUGAAAAAUUCAGACACCAUCCUGACAGGGAUGACAGUAUGAAUGAAGUUGCAUCCCCAGACACCAGCGUGUCUAUGUUCAGUUGGCAAGUCAAGGCUUAUGGUCAGGGAACUCCUUCUACCUUCAUUGGGGUUUUUGACAUCAACCGUUGGUACCAUGCACAAAUGCCAGACUCUUUAAGAACCGGAGAGUCUCUGCAGAAUUGUCCCUACCUGGCAGUUUGGUCUCUGGAUCUGGUGGUGCAGAUGGUAUCCCCCCACUGCCUCAUAGAUGUGGUGGUUCAUGAGCGUAGCCUAAGCAGGGGCCUGCCCUUCACUUGCCCCCCUCCAGAACAGUAUUUUAACCCAACCACGUAUAACUUUGAUGCUACCUGUUUGCUCAACUCUGGAAUUGUGCAUUUAACCUGUUCUGGAUAUCAAAAAGAGACUUUAAGUUUUUUGAAGAAAGCUGCUCCUUGCUCUAGUGACAUCAUUUCCACUAGCUACUCUCACUGCCUUAUGUCUGGCCUACUCUCAUCUCGCCUGGCUGACACCCAGGCAUCCAACCUCUCUCAGGAAGAACAGCUUGAUGCCAUCUUGUCAACAGCAGUGGAGACCAGUUCCCUGGGAUUGAUCACUGGCUGUAUCAAGCAGUGGACUGCAGAAGAGCAACCAGGCUCUGCACUGAACCUGCGUUACAUCCUGGACUGGGCUUGGAACAAAGUAGUGCAGACUAAGGAGGAACUGGAUGGCAUCUGUGCUCCACUAUUCGACAGCUCAUCCAACUUCACAGACCCUCAGACUCUGCAGAUGCUGCAGCACAGUCAGAGACUGCUCAGUAACCUCAGUGCUAUCUUCCACUGCUUGCUCAGCGAGGCUCAGGAGCUCACACAAAAAGGUCUGGCAGGUCUGAUGAACAAGAACAUGGUCUCCAGUCUGAUCUCCAAGUAUGCUCAAGUGGUGCUCUGGUUCUGUCGUACUGGAUUACUCCCAGAGGGUUCAGAUGAGGAUGCUAUGCAGAUUUCCAGGCCUUUCUACACUCACUCAGUUAUCAGCAACUAUUACACCAUACGCAAAGAGGAGCUGACCAGGCUGGCCAAGAGCAAGUGGUGUGCAGACUGCCUCAUGAUUGAUGGUUUGGUUGGCCAGUGUGGUGAACGCUUGACCAACCUGUGGAAAAGGGAUGAGGGUGGAACAGGACAGUACCCACCACCGACGCUGCAUGCUUUGCUUGACAUCUAUUUGCUGGACAACAUUGAUGAAGCUUCCAAACAUGCAAUUGUGAUUUACCUGUUGUUGGACGUCAUGUACUCCUUCCCUAAUAAGGACGGAGCAUCAGUGGAGUCUUUCCCUACAGCUUUUGCCAUACCUAUCGGACUGGUCAAACUUGUGCAAGGCCUCUGGCUUCUGGAUCAUCAUGACCAUCAAAGUUCAUUUGAGCUGCUCUUGCACCCAGCUGCAUCUCAGUUUCACUUUGAGUGGCAGCAUGAACGCAUCCUGCAAGCACUGAUGUGUCAGGGUCAGCAGCCAGUGGCACUUCGCUACUUCCAUGUUUCAAAGCCUCCGAUUUCCUCCACCUCACAGGCCAAACUCUGCAUAUCUGUCCUGCUACACAACAGGUGUCUUAUUGAGGCGUGGUGCUUGCUUCGGCAGCACUCUAAUCGCCUGAACAUGGCUGAGCUGCUGGGGUUUCUGUAUGAGAGCUGCCAGGAGCUGGGCCUCGUCAAAGAGCUGCUCAAACUGCCGCUGGGCCUCAAUGAACAAGAAUGUCUGGAGAAGUUUCUCCAAGGUACAGGCGGUCUGCAGAACAGAGAGCUGCUGAUGGUUCAUUACCUUCAGCAAGCCAAAUACAUCCCUGCUCUGCAGCUCAACCAGAGCCUCAAAAUGAAUUUGGUGAACGAGCGAGAUCCAAAGCUUAAAGAGAGAUCCAACACCAGAAACUCUAUCUUGGAGAAGUAUGGCAAAGUUUUGCCUAGAGUGCAGAGGAAACUGGCAAUGGAGAGAGCUAAGCCGUACCAGCAUCCCUAUACCAUCCAUAGAGAGGUUUCUCGGCCACAGCCGCUGUCAACUAUCACCAAGCGCUCUGCCAAUGAAAAGGUGAUGUCCAGGGCUGGGUUUAUUAACAAUGUCCUCACCAAGAUUGAGGAGGUGUGGUUGGGUAAAGAAGCUACACCACAGUCCUCUCCAGCAAAGAGUACUAGGAUGGCUGAUGCUCAGACCCCCAGCCCCAAGUCAUCAUUUCCUGAUCCCUUCCUUGGAACUCCCAUCACCAUGACCUCCAGACGAAAGUCAAGGCUGAUGGAUUUGGUGGUACAUCCCUCCUGUCAGACCCCUCGGCCUCUUCUCAGCCCUACCAGACCUCCCAGCUCCUGGAUUUCUCCAAAGAGCUUCAGCAAAGUUCCUGAACUCAGUUUGCUACAAACACCACAGGUUGUCAAACGAGCUCGGGCCUUGGCUGCUUCUGGGCCUGUGUUUUCAGGUUUCACUCCUCAGUCCAUCCUGCGCAGCAGCCUGAGGCCAACACCUGUUGCCACCCCCUCUGCCUCUCCAGGGCGCUCCAUCACCCCCCCACUCCGCAGCAAAGAGAGCCGAAUCACCUUCAUUGAAGAGGCAGAGCCCCCUGAAACAGAGAAGGGCAUCCGAUGGACUAAUGGGAUGGCAGCAGACAGUGAAAUCAGUUUGCUGACCAAAGGCUCAACGUUAUCUAAAGCUAACCGUAACAACUGGUCUCCGCAGCCAGCUGAAGAAAACAAAGACAGAAAUGAGGACGGUGAACAACCUUGUGUUAAGUUCUUGCCUCCAGAGGGUGGUAUUCCUUCAGCACAGCUCAAGUGCUCGGAGAGCGAGUCGUCCUCCACUCAUGAAGUUGCUGAAGAAACAAGCCCACCAGACACAACACAGGCACCUCUUAGUCCAAACCUUGAUACCAGUGAGGUAUCUGUUCGCUCAACAGAGACUACUCUAGAGUACUACGAUGCCCCUCUCUCAGAAGACCACAGAGAAGGGCAUGGUCUUACACCCGCAGAGGAGGAUGAUGAUGUGGUGACGGUGAACAUCAAACCUUUCAUUCAAAAGGAAGAUUUAGAGGAAAAGUCUGAAGAAACCACUGAGCAAUCUCUUAACCUGACAUCAGAGGAUUCAGAAAAAGAAGAUGAUGGACCCUUUGAAAAUACAAUGGCGAGUGGUAUUACACAGGAGGCAAGAAAUGAGCAAGACCUUGAGUCCAAAAGGGAAGAUGAACCAAUUAUUGAGUCAGAUGACAAACAAGAAUAUAUUUCAGUGCUUGAUCAAGUGGAUCCGUCUGCUCUCCAAGAAACUGCUGGUAAUGGGACAACUGAGAGCUCAGACUUUGAGGUCAAACCUGAGAAUCUUCCAGUGAAAGAUGACGGACUAGAUGUCCAGUCCGAAGCUGUCGAAUCUAUGGAGCCGAGCACUGAGCAAACUAAACCAUCUGAAGGAACUGAAACCACCAAUGAACCAGCAGAGGAUCUGGAGCAAUCAUCAGAUUUGACUGAGUUUGUACAGCAACAUCUGUUUGGCGGUGAUCUGUCUCCUCUACUCACCCGCUCAGCAAUCCACAAUGCACACAUCCAGACUUCUUUGAACAGUGAGGCAUUAGGUGAGAAGGAAGAGGAGGAAGAGGCAGCUACUGAAGCUCCCCAGGCCUUCACUACCCAAAAAUCUAGUACCUCCGUAACAUCCUCGGAGCCAACGGGCACAGACUCCCACUCUGUCGUGAGCGUCAAUGAUAGCGAAGAGCUUUCUAGUCCUACUUCAGAGGAAGAGGAUGAUGACGAAGAGGAGGAGGAAGAAGAGUCAUCCGAUCAAGCUGAGGAAGAAGAGGAGGAGGAAGAAGAAGACUCUGGCAGUGAAGUGGAGAUUAUUGAUGAGGUCAAGGGAAAUGGGAGGCUGCCUCCCCUUCAACCCAGCUCAGCCUUUUUACAGCAAGGACACACACACUUCCUGCCAGCUUUGUCUGAGCAGGAGGCUGCUGCGUUCUCUCUCAUCUCACCUGGAGCAGAGAUUAAGAUGGUAGAGGAUGACAUGGAGGGUGAGGUGGUGAUGGUGAGACUGGGGACAGAAGAUGGAGGGAUGGGUCUAGAUGAGGAUGCAGAGCAGGAGUCAUCAUACAUGGAGCUCAAACCUUCUACCACUCUUCUGGUACCACUGGAGCUGGUGGAAGGACAACACAGCCUGGCUGACGGUGCACAACUGUGCCUUCCUGAGCUUCAGCAAGCUGUGACAAGUGACCUGCAGUCUGAAGACCCCCACGGAUUUUCUCUGAUGCUGGAUUUAGAUGAGGAUGGUCUGAGAAAGGCACACACUUUGCCUGAUGAGAAUAAUCUGCAGUUACCAGCCCCCUCCCUCCAGUCUCAAGUAGUGGAUGUUAGUGAGGAGUUUUUGGCCAAAGCUGACAUUAUUCCUUUGAGUACAGAUGAUCAGAAUACUUCUUUGUCUGGGGAAGCUUUACAAGAGGACGAAAGGAAAGAGAUGGAGAGCUUGGAUGAAAACAUUGACAGAUCAAAGAAAGAAGAACUUGCCAAGCUUGAAACAGACUUGCAGACUGAAUACACUGCAGCAGAGCAGGAGACAGAAGAUGCUACUGAGCAAAAAGAUGCAGAGUUAGAAACGUUGCCUGAUGAGCAUGAAUCUGCUGCUCUUUCAGUCUCUGUGCUAACAUCAGCCGGAGAACUUCCACCAGCUCAGAAGGAUGACAACUCUGUGGCAAAGAAAGAGAUUGUUGAUGAGGAGAUGAGAAAAAAGGAAAAGCCUGAGGAACAGGAGUUACCACAAGAGCAGGUUGGGCCUGAGGAGCUGGAGGAACUCGAGAAGCAGCAGAAACCUGAAGAACUGCAGGAAAUUGAGGAACAGCAAAAGCCUCAAGAGCUGCAGAAGUCUGAGGAACUGCAGGAGCCUGAAGAGCUUGAGAAGCCUGAGGAGCUGCAGAAACUUGAGCAGCAAAAGCCUGAGGAGUUGCAGGAGCUUAAGGAGCAGCAGAGGUUUGAGGAUCUGCAGGAGCAUGAAGAGCUUGAGAAGUCCGAGGAGCUGCAGGAGCUUGAGAAGCCUGAGGAGCUACAGGAGCCUAAAGAGGUUGAGAAGCCUGAGGAUCUGCAAGAGCUUGAGAAGCCUGAGGAGCUGCAGGUACCUGGAAAACCACAGAAGCCUGAGGAGAAAAUAUCUGUCGCUAUAAACCCAGAGAUUGCCCUCAGUGAAGAGAUGGAGCCUGCUGUGGAGACGGAACAGCAGGACCUCAGAGAAUCAGAAAAAACAGAAGCUAAGUCAGAGGAGGCAACAGAAGAAACUGCUAGACAAGAAGAUGAUGAAGAGAAACCUGUAGAGCAGGCUUUGUGUUCACAUAGUCAGUCAGCCAAACAUCCUGUACCACAGACGCCCACCUCCCAGAGAAAGAAGGCACCUUCCACCCCAACACGGAGGAUGACAAGAGGGAGGACUGUUAAAUUUAUCUCUCUCACGGCAGAAGCAGACGAUGAGCCAGAUGUGGGUGGGAUUGCAGACACACAAGGCACUCUGGCUGGGGCUUCACCAAGUCGUACUUCUAGAAAUAGUAAAGGGGUUAAAGACACUAAAGUCCAGACCAGCACACCUAAAAGAAAUACCCGCAGAACUCAUCCAGAUCUUCCCAAAGACGAGGUUGAAGAGGUGGAGGCUAUGGAGAAUGAUACCUCAGUGGCAUCAAUCUCCAAGGCCUCUUCUCCAGCAAGACGUUCACGGGCCAGUGCAACAAGAUCCAGCCAGAGGCAUCACAGUGACAGUGGGGAGACGUUCACAGCUGCACUGAUUGAAAUCAGAGAUAAGGAAGAGCAAGAAGAUGGAGUUGUGGAACCAAAAACUGGACGACAAAGAGCUUCCAAGACUCCAACCUUGUCCAAAAGCAGGACCACUCAAGUAACAACUGCCAGGAGGUCUAGCCGAAAGAUGAAGAGCAGUACAGUGGAGCCAACACCACUGGAGAUGGUUUCAGAAGAAAAGGAACAGGACGAGUCUCCUGUCCAUCCAGUAAAACAAAGCACUAGAAAGACAAAGACAGUGCUAUCAGAGCCAAUACCGGCCCUGCUGGAGGAAGAAGAGGACAUAAAGACGCAGAUUUCCAUCCCUGUGAGGACUACUAGACAGUCCAGCCAGAUUACCCUCAAUUUGUAUCCACAGGUGAAACUGGUCCCUGUAUGCCUCCCUCAGAGCACGAGGAAGAUAAGAAGAGAAGAAAUUACUGAAAAUGUGAAAGAAAAUGAAGCCCUACUCAAGUCUGAACUUAACAGAAAAGCUGAUCAAACCAGCUCACGUCGCUCAACACGGCAAAGUAGACUUUGGGAUCAUCCCGAGGAAGACCUUCCCUUACUGGACUCGCCAUUAGAGGUGGAUUCUGAAACCCCUGUUGCAGAUGCUCUCAUCAAGAGACUCAAGGAUGAAGAAGAAAAACAGGAAGGUGGUGUUGCAACAAAGAUGGAGAAAACCAUCAAAAGUCAUACAAAAUCAUCAGUGCAGCCGGCUUCAUCUCCACCUCCUGUGACAGACGCCGUGGUACCUGAACAUAAAGAGGAUGAAUCCAGUCCAGGGGAGCAUUCAUUCAUCUACUCGCCCUCACGAAGACGACGAACAAGAGCUCACAGGGAAGAGUCUCCUGGACCAAGUGAAGAGUUUGAGGCACCUGUAACGCGCAGCAGGAGUAGAGUCAAAAGUGAUCCUCGGGAUAAAAUUUCUUCAGAAGAGGAUCAUGUGGAUGUGGAGAAGGCAGCAGCUGUUUCUAAAACCAGAAAAACAGGCAAACAAACAGCCAAAUCUAAAGCUGUUUCGGAACCUCUUCCCAUCGCAGAGGUGGAUGUGAUCUCCCCUCCGCCCAGUCCAGCCAAUCCGCUCCCGAGAGCGCUGAUGAGGAUUAAAGAUGGAGAGGCACCGACCACUAGCAGGAACCUGCGUCGCAAGCGAGUAAUGGACACGAUUUUUACAAAACCCGUCACCCGGAGAAGGAAACUUUGAGGAGGUUGGUGGUGUUUUAACCGGCGAACCUCAGACAGCCACCUGAAGUUAUGAACCAAAAUCAGUCAUGAGCUGUCAAAAAAAAAAAAAAAAAAAAUCAUACCUGAACUCGUGGCUCUGCCUCCUCUAACGCCUCCCACUGCUGCGGUCUGUAUAUUGACUUGUAUGCUGAAACUAAAAUGGAAGCAGCGUGAGCAGGAAAAUAUAUUUUUGGGACACAUACACACUGGUGAGUUGCCGUGUGAUGAAGAAGAUUUUAUUUUUGGAGUUUACAUAUCCCCCCCUCCUACUAACUUGAUUUCACUUGUUAUGGUGUUCGUGGCCAUUUUGUGAUGAUUCUCGUCUUGAUUUCUGGACACAGGAUGGCACAAGGAAAAGCAAUCAUUGUGGGAUUUUAGAGGCUCCCAUUAGUAAAAUCAGACUAAACUGAACCUUCCUCUCAUGAAGAGGUUUUAUUUACAUUCUUUUAUUUUUGUUUUUGUUUUUUUUUUUCUUUUGUUGUUGCAGUUUUAGACUUUCAAGGCCUGCUGUCUCCUCUAUUCAAGAGGAAAAGCAACAGACCGGCAGAGAUGUAUUUCUACUGCUAGAUUUGUACAUACUUCUUUGCUAUGUUCUAAAUAAAGUUAAUAAAUAAAUCCUAAAGAAUGAUGUUGAUUUUCAAUUUUAAAUGUCUUUUUGAUGCGUUGAAUUGAUUGGAUUAUCUUAUCAGAUUGCCUAUGCCAUAGUCUUAAAAUUGAACUUGAUUUGGUGUGUUUGUGUGGAAGGUGGCACUGUUUGCAAAUAUGGGUGUAGUUGUACAUUAUAGGGACAUGUACUGUUAACAAAUAAAAUCUUGCACAGCAAUUCGCACAUUAAACUUAAUUUGGGACAUGUUAAUAGGAUUGUUUAAUCGAAUUUAUGGCGGCCAUCUGAGACGGGCUAUUUUCUGUUGAAUGUAUGUAGAAUGUCUUAUUUUUGAUGACUGAUCUUUGAUAAAUAUGGUAAAGCUUGA